AUGUCGAAGACCAACGGAUCCCCAUAUAUCCCACUACCACAUACCGGCGAUUUCAUCAGGCUUCUCGAAUUGGAUCCAGGACAACCCACAGACGCUCUUGCUGGCAGGUUCGUCGUACACGACCUCAAACAUGCGCAACCUCAGUACACUGCAACCUCGUACCUUGGUAUCUACAAAAGCGCAGAUGAGGUCCUGAGGAGAUUCCGGUCUGUAACGAAUACUACGUAUCUGUGGAUCGAUGUUGUAUGCAUCGACCAGGAUGACAUGGCAGAGAAGGCUAGGGAGGUGAACUUGAUGUACAAGGUAUAUGAAAAGGCCGAACGGACCGUGAUAUGGCUAGGCCCCAGUGACGACAACACAGCUGUUGCAAUUCAAUAUGCCAGGACACUUAACGCUAGAAGUUUCCUUGACGAGUACACACCCACAGUGAUGUACGCUGGACACGAAACACAGUACUUGCAGAACAAAUCUCACAUACUCGACGUCUUAGAUACUCAUCCGCAAAAGGAACUACUGAUCAACUCGUGCGCGAAGCUUCUCCUCCGCCCUUGGUUUACUCGCGUCUGGACCCAACAAGAAGGUGCUUUGAGUUCUAGCCCUUUGGUGGUCUGCGGUGCAGAAGAGAUACCCUGGAAUCAGAUCUUUGCAUUGGCGUGGCUGUUCUUCCCAAGGUCCACGAUGCGGUGGCCUCAGUGGUUUCUCUCAGAUAAUCCCUCACACACAUAUGCUCAACUUGAACCAAACAUGAUGUUUGUUCGAAGCAUUCAGAGAUACCGGCUUCACCAGAUGCAGGUUGCGAACCACGAACCGCAAACCCGGGAAGUCGGCCUGAUAUAUGCCAUGUUCGAUGCGUCUCGAUUGAAAUGCUAUGAUCCACGGGACAAGAUUUACGCCAUCCGAAACAUUGCCACAGACUUGGCUCAAGAUGACUGGGCGCCUCAGCCCGACUAUAUUACCCCCUGGGAGGACGUCUAUACCGAUUUCGCCGUGCGCAUGGCGGAUAAAGGGAGACGCGAGGUAUUGGGCUGGUCGGGGGUUUGUCAGCAGGAAGGGCAAUCAGGUCUGCCGUCUUGGGCGGUUGAUUGGAGGUCUCGCCCCUGGACCCAAUAUAUCGUUCCUGAAGAAUGGUGUGCUGGGGGAAAGAUUUUUCGGCCAAAGGUAGAGCGAAUGCCCAAGAAGAAGCAGCAUUAUCUGAUGAAAUUGCUCGAGAGGGCGAAGCAGCCGAGGAAACGGCUGCGAUACGUCUUGUCAAUCACCAUCUUGAUGCAAGACACUAUCGCCUAUCUCAGUGGUGUUUGUGAAAACGGAAAAGGGUUUGAUGGAAUCGCAAGGCCUUCUGAAGAAGUGCUAUCAUUGGAUCAAAGAUCUCGGGACUUCAUCCAAACCCUGUCCUCUAAGUUCUAUAUCAACUCCGAACAUAUGCUUGACGCUUACAACUCUACCCUCAUUGCCAAUACUACCGACCAAGACACCAUUGCAUCAGCCUCCUACGUCUCCUCCGGCGUACAGCAAUGGCGCUCUUGGCUCUCCUCAGGGACACCGUUAGGAACCCACGCUGGGACCGACAAUGAAAAUACACCCCCCAAAUUCUACGAAGCUGUUGAUACUGUGGACACAUUCAAGUACAAACAAUUCUGUGUGUCUACCUUUGGCUACUUCUGCCUUGUCCCGGACCUCACCGAAGCGACCGAUACCGUUGCUAUCGUCAAAGGAGUGGACAUGCCGGUCGUGCUCCGUCGCAUCAACGACUUUUACGUGUACUUGGGACAAUGCUACAUCCACGGCAUGAUGGAAUUGAAAGCCGGUGAACUGAUCGAGGAGUUUCGGGUCAAGUUCAACGCCAAGGAGGGAAUGGUGGUUGUGGGCAGGCCCGAAGGCGAUAUCAGGAAGAACGGCUUAAAGAUGGAUGCGGGUGAAUAUGUCCGGAUAUUGGGAAGCCUGGGGGAGAGGAAGAUCGAGUUGAUAUGA